AUGUCUUGUGGUGGUAAAUGGAAAAUUGAAAAUGGAACUGACAAACUGAGUCUGACAUAUGAGGAUGCAAACUCAAAUGAGUACACAUGUGAGAAGCAAAACUCCAUAAAAAUCUUUGUGAAAUUUCGAACCUGCGACAACUGUAUCGAGUUGGAUCCGUCCACUGUGUCCGGGAUUCUCGUGGGAGACCUUGUGGCCACGGUUCUGAUCGGGGUGGCCGUCUACUUCAUUGCCUCGCAGCCUAAGGGCAAGCAGGUCUACCGUGGCAGCAAAGCAUCUGACCGUCAGAACCUCAUUCAGAACCAGCAGAAUGACACCUACCAGCCCCUGACUCAAGGCCAUUCUUCAGAGUACAGCCAGCUGGAGAAACGGAAGAGAUAGAGGUCAUCGCCAUACCAACUAAACAACCCUGUAGUCAACCCCCUGACCCCCCCACCCGCCUGCAACUAUAGCGCUGAAGCCCUGUAUUUACCCUCCUAGCACCAUGCGCAAUAUUCCUUCACUACCAGAAAUACCCUGGUAUUACCCUGAGAAAUACAGAGAGCUGGGUUUCUUUCCAAUCAGAAUGGUAUAUCCCACUUUUUAGUUUUUAUUACCAUACUCACAUUAUACAUCCUAUUUUUUGAUAUGAUCACAAAGUGUUUAUUUGUUGCCCUUGCAUCGUUAUGCUCGGGAUCCCCAGGAAACUAAGUAGAUGGACGCUUAUUCUUUCUGUGUAAAUAAUCUGACAUUGUUUCACUAACAGGACAUACCUGUACUCAGAAAAGGCCAUGCUUUACUGCCUUAUGCUGUAUAAAAUGGUUUCUAGAGUGUAUUCAUGUUAAUUAUGGUCACUCUCUCCUUUUUUUUAGAAAUGUGCAUUU